UGAGCAGCUCCUCUAACCGGAAGUAAAGUCUGCGCAAGCUUGUCACUUCUUCUCGUUACCUGCACAGACGACGACGCAAGUGGACCCUCAUUGAAGUCGUGAUUGUCUCUCGAGUAAUAACAUUUGCAACCCAGCGGAUCAUUUCCCCCCCAACAUUCUUUCUGUGUGACUUUUGUGACGAAAGAACACCACCAAGGUCGACGACCAACAUGUUGUUCGGUUGCUUGGUUUCGAUGCUUCUGUUCACGUCUCUACUAACAGGUGUGAGUGGCUUUUCAGUAACCACGAGCAAUGCUAACGUACAAGUUAAAGAAAAUGCAGGGGUUGACCUUACAUGCUCUUAUACAGCUGACUUUGGUUCAAGUCCCAGGGUGGUGUGGAAGUUCAAGGACCGAACAGGUUCACAGAAAUAUGUAUUUUAUGAUGGAAAUCCCACUACGACGUAUUCCAACCGUGUGACAAUGUAUGGCAGCAAUCUGAGAUUUAAUAAAGUGACCCGCAAGGAUAAUGGAGUGUAUGACUGUGAGGUGUCUUCAACCGAUAGUCAGUUUAAGGAGGCCAGAGUGACGCUCACAGUUCUCGUGCCUCCGUCUCCACCAUUGUGUAGAGUUCCCACCUCAGUGACAACUGGAAAAAAGGCCUUGUUGACCUGUCACGAUGGAGACGGCUCCCCCUCUUCCCAAUACAAGUGGUACAGAAAUGGCAUCCCUCUGCCAGCUGAACCAAGCAAGAUUUCGGGCUUCCAGAAUUAUACCUAUCUGCAGAACUCUGUGGCUGGCACUUUG